AUGGCUUCCACCCUCCGGUCUCCACGCGGGAACACUCUCUUGGCCCAGAAAAAGGCAUCUUUUAAUGAGCCAGGAUUUUCCAUCGGAGCGUUCAAAUCUGUGCCCCCGCCCCCUGGUCUUCUCUCCCUCCCUCCCCCCACCUGCCCUGCCUCUCCCUUAGCACUGCUGUCUGCUGUGCGGAUCAACGGGGAUGGCCAGGAGAUCCUGUACCUGGCAGAAGGUGAUAAUGUGAGGCUGGGCUGCCCCUACAUCCUGGACCCUGAGGACUAUGGUCCCAAUGGGCUGGACAUCGAGUGGAUGCAGGUCAAUUCAGACCCCUCACACCGGGAGAAUGUGUUCCUUAGUUACCAGGACAAGAGGAUCAAUCAUGGCAACCUUCCCCACCUGCAGCAGAGGGUCCGCUUUGCAGCCUCAGACCCCAGCCAGUAUGACGCCUCCAUCAACCUCAUGAACCUGCAGGUGUCUGACACGGCCACCUACGAGUGUCGGGUGAAGAAGACCACCAUGGCCAGCCGGAAGGUCAUCGUCACUGUCCAAGCGCGGCCCGCGGUGCCCCUGUGCUGGUCUGAGGGCCACAUGACCCACGGCAACGACGUGGUGCUCAAGUGCUUUGCCAACGGAGGCACCCCGCCUCUCUCCUACAAGUGGGCCAAGAUCAGCGGGCACACCCACCCCUACCGCGCCGGUUCCUACCACUCUCAGCACAGCUUCCACUCGGAGCUCUCCUACCAGGAGUCCUUCCACAGCUCCCUGAACCAAGUUUCAGGCCUGAACAACGGCGACCUGGUGCUGAAGGACAUCUCCCGGGAGGAUGACGGGCUCUAUCAGUGCACGGUGGCCAACCACGUGGGCUACAGUGUGUGCGUGGUGGAGGUGAAGGUCUCAGACUCCCGGCGCAUAGGCAUGAUCAUAGGCGCAGUGCUGGGCUCCCUGCUCAUGCUGGGCUGUCUGCUGGUGGGCAUCUGGGGGCUCGUCUGCUGCUGCUGCGGGGGCGGGGCCGGCGGCUCCCGCGGUGCCUUCGGCUACAGCAACGGCGGCGGCGGGGUCGGCGGAGGGGCCUGCGGCGACUUGGCUAGUGAGAUCAGAGAGGACGCCGAGGCGCCCGGGUGCAAGGCCGGCGGGCGCGGCCGCAGCGUCACCCACCUGCUGGGGUACCCGACGCAGACCGUCAGCCGCUCCCUGCGCCGCAAGUACGCGCCCCCGCCCUGCGGCGGCCCCGAGGACGUGGUCCUGGCGCCCUGCGCCGCCUCCGCCGCCGCCGCCUGCGAAGCGGGCCCCUCCCCGGUCUACGUCAAGGUCAAGAGCGCGGAGCCCGCCGACUGCGCCGAGGGGCGGCGGGAGCGCACCGACGGGCUCCUGGUGUGAGCGCGCCGCGGGGCUCCCCGCCCGCAGCUGGGGACGCGCUCCGCCCCGCGCCCGCCGCGCCCGCCCGGGCCUCCGGGCCUCCGGGACCCACGGCGCCUCCCCCGGGGCCCGCGCGCGGUGGCGGGGGGUGGGGGGGACGGCGGGGGGGUGGGUAGGGGGCAGCGCGGAGCGCGGUCGAGGCCGGGGGCCCGGCGUCCCCAGGCGAGGCGGAGGGCCCCGGGGCCGGACUGGAUGGUUGCGUGUCAGGUCUGAGCUCCCGAGCGGCGGUGUUAGCACAAUAAAGCGACUGUUAAGACCCGAGAUUGUGGUGGCUGUGGUUCCACGGAGGGGCUGGCGCGCGGCCGGGGGCGCGGGCGGGAGGCUGCUGCCCCUCCUCCCCGGUCCCUCCCUCCCACCUCCGACGGUCGGGCUGGGCUGGGAGGGGCUGCCAACCCCCCUCCGUCACCCUGCGGAUGGGGAACCUCCUGGUAGGCCAGGAGUCCUGCUUUCCCCUCUCAUUCCUGAGGCAGGCGAGGGGAGACCGGGGGGACUGG